UUGGCCAGGCGGUGAGGGGAGGCGGGCGGACGGAGAAGAUGGCGCCGCCGCCGGCCGCCGCGCUUAGGGCCGGCGCGUGCUGAGGCGAGCGGAGUCGGGGCAGGCGUCAGCGAGAGGCAGGGUGCUGGCGGCGGGGCUGGGAUAUGCGGCAGCGAUUAUUGCUUCCUGUGCUGAGGCGGGCACUGCUGGGCUUAGCGCACCCCUGGGCCGCCCCGGCCUCCCGUUCUUUCCCUUGGUGCCGGCGGCGCAGCUUUCUCGGGUUUCAGAAAGAGACAAACAACAAAAUGAACAAUCCAGCUAUUAAGAGAAUAACAAAUGAAAUUAUCAAAUCACCUGAGGAUAAGCGAGAAUAUCGUGGACUGGAAUUGGCAAAUGGCAUUAAAGCUCUUCUCAUUAGUGACCCCACCACAGAUAAAUCUUCAGCAGCACUUGAUGUGCACAUAGGGUCCUUGUCUGAUCCCCCCAACAUUGCUGGACUGAGUCAUUUUUGUGAGCAUAUGCUGUUCCUGGGAACCAAAAAAUACCCAAAAGAGAAUGAGUAUAGCCAAUUUCUUAGUGAACAUGCUGGAAGCUCAAAUGCUUUCACAAGUGGAGAGCAUACCAACUAUUACUUUGACGUGUCACACGAACAUCUAGAAGGUGCACUAGACAGAUUUGCCCAGUUUUUCCUGUGCCCUUUGUUUGAUGAAAGCUGCAAAGACAGGGAAGUGAAUGCUGUUGAUUCUGAGCAUGAGAAGAAUCUGAUGAAUGAUGCCUGGAGGUUGUUUCAGUUGGAGAAGGCUACUGGAAACCCCAAUCAUCCCUUCAGUAAAUUUGGAACAGGAAAUAAAUUUACUCUGGAAACUAGACCAACCCAAGAAGGAAUAGAUGUAAGACAAGAGUUACUGAAGUUUCAUUCUACUUAUUAUUCAUCAAAUUUAAUGGCUAUUUGUGUCUUAGGAAGAGAAUCCUUGGAUGAGUUGACUUGCUUAGUGGUAAAGUUAUUUUCAGAAGUAGAGAAUAAAAACGUCCCUAUACCAGAGUUUCCUGAACAUCCUUUCCAAGAAGAGCACCUUCGGCAACUUUACAAAGUGGUACCUAUUAAGGACAUUAGAAAUCUUUAUGUCACAUUUCCCAUACCAGACCUUCAGAAGUACUAUAAAUCAAACCCUGGCCAUUACCUUGGCCAUCUAAUUGGGCAUGAAGGCCCUGGGAGUCUUUUAUCAGAGCUUAAAGCCAAAGGAUGGGUAAAUACUCUUGUUGGAGGACAGAAAGAAGGUGCUAGAGGUUUCAUGUUUUUCAUUAUUAACGUGGACUUGACAGAAGAAGGACUUUUGCAUGUUGAAGAUAUUAUUUUGCACAUGUUUCAAUACAUUCAAAAACUACGUACAGAAGGACCUCAAGAAUGGGUUUUCCAAGAGUGCAAGGAUCUAAAUGCUGUGGCAUUCAGAUUUAAAGAUAAAGAACGACCAAGAGGUUAUACGUCAAAGCUUGGAGGAAUGUUGCAUUAUUAUCCUAUAGAAGAAGUAUUAGCUGCUGAAUAUUUGCUUGAGGAAUUCAGGCCUGAUUUAAUAGAGAUGGUACUGGAUAAACUGAGACCAGAAAACGUUCGAGUUGCAAUAGUUUCCAAGUCUUUUGAAGGAAAAACUGACCGAACAGAAGACUGGUAUGGAACACAGUACAAGCAAGAAGCAAUUUCUGAUGAAGUUAUUAAGAAAUGGCAAAAUGCUGACCUGAAUGGGAAAUUCAAGCUUCCAAUGAAGAAUGAAUUCAUUCCUACUAACUUCGAGAUCUUGCCAUUGGAAAAAGAUGCAACACAGUACCCUGCCCUUGUCAAGGACACUGCUAUGAGCAAACUAUGGUUCAAGCAAGAUGACAAGUUUUUUUUGCCAAAAGCUUGUCUCAACUUUGAAUUUUUCAGUCGCUACAUUUAUGCUGAUCCUCUCCAUUGCAACAUGACAUACCUGUUUAUCAGGUUAUUGAAGGAUGAUUUAAAAGAGUAUACAUAUGCAGCACGCCUCUCAGGUUUGGUCUAUGGCAUUGCAUCAGGAAUGAAUGCAAUACUUCUUUCUGUAAAAGGUUAUAAUGACAAGCAACAUAUCUUGCUCAAGAAGAUCAUUGAGAAAAUGGCUACUUUUGAGAUUGAUGAAAAACGAUUUGAAAUUAUCAAGGAAGCGUAUAUGAGAUCACUUAACAACUUCAGGGCUGAACAGCCUCACCAGCAUGCAAUAUAUUAUCUCCGACUCCUGAUGACAGAAGUUGCUUGGACCAAAGACGAAUUAAAAGAAGCUCUAGAUGAUGUCACUCUUCCCCGCCUCAAGGCCUUUAUAGCACAGUUGUUGUCACGUUUACAUAUUGAAGCUCUCCUUCAUGGCAAUAUAACAAAACAGGCUGCAUUAGGAAUUAUGCAGAUGGUUGAAGACACUCUCAUUGAACAUGCUCAUACAAAGCCACUCCUUCCCAGUCAGCUAGUGAGAUACAGAGAAGUGCAACUUCCUGACAGAGGUUGGUUUGUAUAUCAACAGAGAAAUGAAGUUCAUAACAAUUGUGGAAUUGAAAUAUAUUACCAAACAGACAUGCAGAGCACUUCUGAGAAUAUGUUUCUGGAGCUCUUCUGUCAAAUUAUCUCAGAACCGUGCUUCAAUACUCUUCGUACCAAGGAGCAAUUAGGUUACAUUGUGUUCAGUGGUCCCCGUCGGGCAAAUGGCAUACAAGGACUGAGAUUUAUUAUCCAAUCUGAAAAGCCACCGCAUUAUUUAGAAAGCAGAGUUGAGGCGUUCCUGAAAACUAUGGAGAAAUGCAUAGAAGAUAUGACAGAAGAGGCCUUCCAAAAACACAUCCAAGCUUUAGCAAUUCGUCGUCUAGACAAACCAAAGAAGCUGUCUGCAGAAUGUGCUAAAUACUGGGGAGAAAUCAUUUCCCAGCAGUAUAAUUUUGACAGAGAUAACAUUGAAGUGGCUUAUCUGAAGACCCUGACCAAGGAUGAUAUUAUACAGUUCUACAAGGUGUUGUUGGCAGUAGAUGCUCCCAGAAGACACAAGGUAUCAGUACAUGUCCUUGCAAGAGAAAUGGAUUCAUGCCCUGUUGUUGGUGAAUUUCCAUGCCAAAAUGAUGUGAACCUGGCACCAGCACCACCAUUACCACAGCCAAGUGUGAUUGAAAACAUGACAGAAUUCAAGCGCAGUCUGCCGCUCUUUCCACUCGUGAAACCACAUAUCAAUUUCAUGGCUGCAAAAUUGUGAAGAACCCCAGUUGGAUGAAGAAAUGCAAAAUGAUCAGUAUUGACAUGGUUUCAGGGGACUUCAUGAGGAACAUUAGGAUAACUGAUUCUGUCUGUUAUGGAAGUCCCAAAUCCUUCUUGGUUCGUUUGACAUUAGCUGUGUGUUAGGGAUAGAGAGUAUAUACAAAUCAGUUGUGGUCAUGUGUCAUUUAUAUUUCAGACAACCUGUUGAAAACCAAAAUCAACUGAAACAAUAAAAACCUUGUAGAUGCAAUAUAUUUUUCAAAUAGUAUAUCCCUUCACAUUUUCAUUUUGAUAAAAAAACCCUCCAGAGCCAACAAAAUUGCCUGAAAUAUCCUUAUUAUUCCUGAAAAAUAUCCCAAUAAUUCUCUUACUGGGGGCUGGAGGAGCUGAAAAUAGCAGGUCCUUUUUUGGGAAGAGGUCAACAAUUUUUCUUAAAAAAACAGAGACUUUCACAUUUUUUGGAAGUGAUGUGUGGAAUGGUAUUUUUAAUUGAACCUUAAUGUAGCCAACAUAUUUUCUAUUUAAGUUUUAUGAAGAUCAGUGUGGGUGGAAAAUAAAUUACAAAAAAAAGGAAAAAAAACCAAAAAAAAAGAAAUUUGAAAUACAGUAGUAAAUGGGAGUAUUGUCUUAAUGAGAAUAAUUGAAGACGUGGGCUUGAUUUUAAUCUUUCUAUACGAAUUUGAGGACAUUUUAUAUUAAAACUAGUAAAAUGCUGGAAACACUUUGAUAGGGCAUCUUAUUUUUGUUACCAAAAGCGUUGUCCCAGUCUCUCAAUGCUGUCAACACCAUGUUCAUUUUUUCAGUGUUACUGUGAAUUUUUCCUUUUUGGUACAUAAAACACUUUAUUUGGUGUCAUCUUUUGUUUUUAGUUGUGCAUGUACUGAUGAAGAACUCAAGUCUGUUUUGGCUGAUUUGUAGUGUGACAUCUCAGUCUAACAGAGGAAUUAGUGGUGCAAAUAACUUUAAGCAUAAGUUAGUUCUUGAGUCAAGAACAAGUGAAUGUCAGAAAUAGGCCCUAUAAUGAAUCAUAUACAUCUGUGUGGGUCUUUCUUGUCUUUGAGGAAGGCGUUUGGAACAGUGCAGUAGCGAGUGUGCAGUACAGCACAAGGUGUGGUUCAGGUUACAUCACAACGUGUUGGUUCCUACUUUUAAGAAGGCUGUGCAAAGCCUGGAAGGAUACAGAAUUAUGCUGAAAUACUAUAUGUAAAUAUAUUCUAUAAUUUAGUAAAAGCAUAAAACAAUAUAUGGUGUCUAAUCUUCAAGUUUACUGGCUUCUGCAGAGUGGUUUCGUGCUUGGGAUAGCCCCCAAAUAAGAAAAGGUAAGGAGGCACCUUAUUAAUUGCUAAGUUCUGCUACCUGUUUUAUGAAUGGUGUUGAUUACAGUUAUUCAUACAGGAUAGAGUAUGCAAGGCAAUGAAGAUACAGAAUCUGUUCGUCAGGGCUGUUAUUGAGAGUUGGCUUCUUAUUAAAAGAACUUGAAAGUAAGGCCAUGAUGUGACACACAUGUUGUCAUGUCAGAAUCCUGGUAUAUUUAGUAGGGCUAUGCUGUCAUUAAAUCCAUCUUCUUUCUUACACUGGCUCUGAGACGAAAUGAUUGCUUGACAGAGGAAGGGUUUUAAGCUGUGUUUAUCUGAGAGUCUCUUCUAAUAAAAUAAACACAGUGUAUUUAAAAGUUAUUUUAAAGGUUAACAGUACAUGUUUCAACACCUUUUUAAUACAUUUGAUGAUAGUUUGUGAUGUAACCUGUUGCCAGAGUGGUCCACUAGCAGUUUGUUGUAGCCUCAGGAGAAAAAAAAAUUAACAUCUUUUAAGCAAAAACAGUAAAGGUGUCUUUGUUCAAAACAUUUUUCAUGGAUCCUUCAGAUAAGAUGGGCUUUUUAGCCUCUUGCAUUUAGCUUUUGUUUAUAGUUUUCUUUAGUAUAAUAUUUGUGUUAUUAAUAUUAAAAGUUUUGACAUUAUAAAAAAAUAUAUUUUGGGAUUUAGUAUUUAAACAUGCCACUCUUAUGGUAAAUAAAAUGGCUUCUAUCAUAUUUAAAAAUAUGUAUAUUCAUAGAAGCACUAUCAACUCUAAUUUUAAAUUAAUAUAAAUACAUUGGAAUAACAGUGUAUCUAACACAAGCUCACAAAUCAUGUUUUCCAGAGGAAGUUCUGUGACUGGAUGUGGAAACCCAUGUCGUUUUCCAGCAACUCUUAAUUGCUUUUAAGUGUUCUCCAGCAUUUUACAGUUUCUGAGUUUGAUAUAGCAGUAAAUUUUUAUAAACUCAGGCAUACUAAUGGGUUCAUUUUAAUGGAUCCAAAGCUGCAGUGUCUACAAGCAAUAAAAAACUACCUAGAAUACACUGUAAUUCAAUUUUAGUGCUUGUUCAUUAGUUUAUGUAAGAAACCAUAAAUUAUUAUUACAUAACUGUAAUUUUUGCAAGUGCUAUUUUAAGCAGUUGAUGUGGAAUUGGGUGCAUGUGACACAGCCAGUAUGACAGAGUGCUAGAGUUAUUCUGUUUACAAUAAACAAUCUGAAUUUAA